CCGGAAGUCCUGUGCGUAUCCAAGGCAACGGAAGCUUUAGAGAAAAUGGCUUCGUGCGAAGUUUAGCUUAAAUGAGUUUAGGGUUAGUUAUCUUAGUUUAUGAUCAGUUCUGUUAGUUUAUGAUUAGUUAUCUUAGUUUCUCUCUGAGCUCAACAGGGAUGAAACGUGUCAGAACUUUAUAAACAUGUCAGAACUGCGCUGGUUCAAACUGAAGAAUUAAUGGAGGAUUUUCUUUCAUCAUGUUUUCAGACGAAGCUUCGGACUCAGUGACGGUGGAGUCAGUUUGGAGGAAGAAACACGAGAGUCAACGAGACACGGUGGUUUCAGGUGUGUUCUUGUCUCAGAGAGGAUGUCAGACCUCAGCCGUGCACAGAUGUGAGGCAGAGGUCCAGAGCGUGUCCACGACCAGCAGCUCCACUCAGACAGAACCAGAGCCGCUCACACAGCUGGACCCUGAGGCUCCAGACCCCCCCGGCCUCAGGGACUUCCUGCAGCGGGUGGAGGAGGAGCUCGUUGGAGAGCUGGUCACCAACGCCCGGAGUCACGCCUUCGACGGGUUCCAGGUGAACUGGGGCGACCACAGUCAGCUGGUUUCAUGUCUUCAUUUACUCCAACAUCCCGUCGCCCAGGACAGAGGUCUUCAUGUGACCUGUGUGUCCUGGAGCUGCACAGGUUCGGUUGUGGCCUGUGGAUAUGGCCGGAUUGACGAUGGAGGCUGGAGCACGGAGAGCUCGUACGUUUGCACGUGGAAUCUGGAUCGUCGAGGUCUGAACCCCAAACAGGCGGAUCUGGUGAUAGAUGUUCCCACUGCAGUCACGGCUCUGUGCUGCCACCCGGAGCAGCCCGCCCUCAUGGCAGGUGGUCUGUACAGUGGAGAGGUGGUCGUGUGGGACACCAGUCGGACUCAGGACCCUGUUCUGGCUCUAACUGGGAUGUCAGCAGAGAGUCACAGAGAGCCUGUUUAUCAGGUCUCCUGGGUGCCGCUGCAGAAGAGAGGGGAGUUCGGCGUCCUCAGUGCCAGCUCAGGAGGACGAGUGCUGCUGUGGACGUUGGACUCUGACCAGGGACGGUUUGUCCUGGACGCCGCCUUCGCCUUCGUACGUCAGCAGGUUCCUCACGGAGUCAGCGUCAAGACUCGGGGGGGCAGCAGCACCGUGGGCGUCACCUCCCUGGCUCUCUCCCCCUGGGACUCGGACACCUUCCUGGUCGGCUCGGAGGGCGGCCUCCUGCUCAGGUGCUCCUUCUCCUCCACGACGCCAGCCGCCGUCGCCUCCGAGGGGCAGAGCGUGACCCCGAGGGCCCCGGCCGUCUUCUCCUUCCGGCCCUGCAGCGGCCCCGUCCACUCCAUACACUGCUCCCCCUUUCACAGGAACCUGUUUGUGAGCGCGGGGACCGACGGGCUGGCCCACGUCCACUCGCUGCUGCAGGUCAACCCGCUCCUCUCGCUCAGGGUCUCCGACUCCUACGUGUUCCAGGUGCAGUGGUCUCCGAGCAGACCACUGGUGUUCGCCGCAGCCACAGGACAAGGGAAGGUGCAGAUCUUUGACCUGGGCCGCAGAUCUCUCCGAGCAGCAGCCACCAUCGAGCAGGGAGGAGCCGGACACGCUGCGACCAGCUUGGCCUUCAACGCUCACGACCCUCGCCUGAUGGCCGUGGGAAACACCGACGGGACGCUCGGCGUUUGGCAGCUGAGCGCUGACCUGUCGGAGCAGAGCCCGAGGGAGAGCAGCCAGCUGGAGCAGAUAGCCAAUCAGGUGGCAGCAUGACCUGUGAUGGUGUCGAGUGCUGAAGUGAAAUAAAGAGCAGCAGACGCAGAUUUCCAGUUGUAACCAGUAGCGUUUAUUAAAGCACACUGCAGUUGU